AAUAAAAUCUCUCGCCCUCGCGAUUGAAGAAGAAACCCCAUCCAAAUCCCCAAAGCAGAGUCGCAUCGUAGCAAACCAAAUCAAACCCAAAAUUUCACAGCGGAGGAUCUUUGGAUCCACUCCGACCCGGAAAAAUGCCUCCCAAAUCCGAAUCCUCCUCUCAGAUCUCUUCCGCCGCCGCAUCGGCGGAUUCUCAGAUCUCCUCCGUCGACCCCAUCUUCCACAUCCUCCGCAUUCUUCCCUUUGCCUUCCUCCGUCCGCCGCGCCUCCGCCUCAAGCUUCCGACCCUAACCCUCCCCUCUCCGAUGACCGUCUACGCCCUUGUCCUCCUCACUUACUUCAUGGUCGUCUCCGGCUUUGUCUACGAUGUGAUCGUCGAGCCUCCAGGUAUCGGAUCCACCCAGGACCCGGCUACCGGAUCCGUUCGACCCGUCGUUUUCCUCCCCGGGCGCGUCAAUGGCCAGUACAUCAUUGAAGGCCUCUCUUCUGGGUUCAUGUUCGUACUGGGCGGCGUUGGAAUUGUGCUCAUGGACCUUGCCCUCGAUCGUAAUCGCGCGAAGAGUGUCAAGGUUUCGUAUGCGUCUGCUGGGAUUUCAUCUGUCGUUAUUGCCUAUGUUAUGAGUAUGCUUUUCAUUCGCAUCAAGAUCCCCGCGUACCUUCGUUGAUAAACAGUAGAGAAAUUUAGGAUCUUCUUCCUUUUUGUCUCAAGGAACGGAACUUUUUGUUUACAGCUUUUGGUCUUCUCCGUGUAAGAAGCCUUAUGUGAUGUUAAACAGUUUAACAUUGUUAAUGCCAUAGGCUUUUAUUCUGCGUUUCUUAUUUAACUGGAAAAAAGCUGUCUGAAUCAUUUCCA